AUAAAGCAGGGUAAACUCUGGGUAGAGGUGGCUUAUGAAAUCCCCUGGGACGCCUUGAGACCUCUUUGGAACAGAGAGAGUAUUAUGGUCUUCUGAGAUUAUAUAGUUGACCGGGACAGAUUUGCAGACUUUCUCCAAAACUGGAGCAGAAUCAGUGUGUUCCCUUUGUUGCAGACUGGAGAUUUCACUGGCUCCCAAGGCUCUAUCCAUGCACCAUGUGCCUCUGUGCUCUGAUCCUGGUGUCUCUUGCAAGUUACACAGCUCAGGCGGGGCACCCGUCCUCACCACCUAUGGUGAACACUGUGCAUGGCAAAGUCCUGGGGAAGUAUGUCACCCUAGAAGGAUUCACACAGCCUGUGGCCGUUUUCCUGGGCGUCCCCUUUGCCAAACCUCCUCUUGGAUCCCUGAGGUUUUCUCCACCACAGCCUGCAGAGCUAUGGAGCUUCGUGAAGAAUGCCACCUCCUACCCUCCCAUGUGCUCCCAAGACCCAGUGUCAGGGCAGAUAGUCAAUGACCUGCUAACCAACCGAAAGGAGAACAUUCCUCUCAAAUUUUCUGAAGACUGUCUCUGCCUAAAUAUUUACAGUCCUACUGAUCUGACAAAGAGAAGCAGGCUGCCAGUGAUGGUGUGGAUCCAUGGCGGUGGACUGGUGUUGGGCGGGGCGUCAACCUAUGAUAGACUGGCCCUCUCUGCCCAUGAAAAUGUGGUGGUGACCAUUCAGUACCGGCUCGGCAUCUGGGGAUUCUUCAGCACAGGAGAUGAACAUAGCCUGGGAAACUGGGGUCACUUGGACCAGGUGGCCGCAUUGCGCUGGGUGCAGGACAACAUUGCCAACUUUGGAGGGGACCCAGGAUCAGUGACCAUCUUUGGAGAGUCAGCAGGAGGUGAAAGUGUCUCUGUCCUUGUGUUGUCUCCUCUGGCCAAGAACCUCUUCCACAGGGCCGUUUCUGAGAGUGGUGUGGCCCUCACUGCUGGCCUGGUCAAGAAGGACACCAGGUCCUUGGCUGAGAAAAUUGCUGUCACUUCUGGAUGUAAAAUCACCACAUCAGCUGCCAUGGUUCACUGCCUGCGUCACAAGACAGAGAGGGAGCGCUUGGAGACCACGCUGAAACUGAAUCUUUUUAAGCUGGAUUUACAUGGAGAUCCCAGAGAGAGCUCUCAGUUCUGCAGAAGGUGAAUCAGGGACAAGACAGAGUCCAGCUGUCUUUUGAAAACAAGAGAGAAUAUUUGGACAUUGGUGGAACAUCGCCUCCCAGAGUCAAGGGCAGAACACUGCCUUGGAAUAGUAAGAAUGAUAGUGGAUGGGCUUGUGUUUCCCUUUCUCACUGAAUAGAGCUCUAGGAAAGAGUUUGGUUAGUAACAGAAAAGAAAAACAACAUUUUACUCUGAACUUUGCUCGAUUUAUGUUUUGCACGUUAUAUUCUUGGCUGACCCUGCUCAUUAGAUAUAAAGAGCCACUCUCAGAAUUAAACUUGCCUUUCUCCACCUGAGAGUUGGGUCCUAAGCCCUCACUCAUUCAUUUUUCCAUCCACCAGCAGACCUAAGUUUCUGCACCUGGUGUGGUGCCAAGCUUCUGUAACCCUAGUGCUCAGGGGAUGAGGGCAGAGACAAGUAUAUUCCUGGAGCUCACUGGCAAGCCUGUCAUGCCACUCAGUGAGCUCUUGGUUCGAUGAGUGACCCUACAUCAAAAAAUAAGGUAUGUUGUGGUAGAGGACGACACUCCAUGUCAACUCCUGGCCUCCAAACACAUGCACAUGCAUGCCCAUGCAUUCUCACACUUACAUACAUAAGCAUAUACCACAGACAUACACACUCAGAACUUCUAUGCAACCAGAAUGCUCAUUGUUGUGAGCUCCUUUGUACGCUAAUUGUAUUUAUGUUCCUUAGAAUAUAACCCUUCUAGAAGGUGCAUGCCUUUAAUCCCAGCACUCCGGAGAC